AUGAUUUCUAUGAUGCAUAGAUGUCGUAGACUGCACAAUUGGGGUAGUGAGGAAGUUUUAGCCUUCGCGAGGGAUAUCGCGCAUCACCCGGAGACCUGGUUGGAUUUCCCGUUUCCGGAAGAAGAUGAGUUCGACGAUUUCGAUAUAUCUGAUGCACAGUACAAGCAUGUUUUGGCGGUCGGACAUCUAGCACCAAGAUUAGCUGCUCUAAGAAUCGAGUUAUGUCCGGUUCACAUGAGUGAGGGCUACUUUUGGAUGGUCUAUUUUGUUCUUCUGCAUUCAAGGUUAAGUAAACACGAUGCUAGCAUGUUGUCCUCAUUCCAGAUUAAGGAAAUCUGGGAUCAGCGCCCAGCAGCCACCAAAAACUUUAAAAGCUUCAACUUUAGAGAUCAUAGGGCAGACACCAAAAACUUCCCGGACAGCGUCUUAGGAGAGGGAGGCUUCGGCUCGGUUUACAAAGGUUGGGUUGACGAGAGCACACUGGCGGCAUCACGGAGCACACUGGUGGCAUCACGGCCCCGCUCGGGUAUGGUUGUGGCCGUCAAGAGGCUGAAACAGGACGGGUGGCACAAGGAAUGGCUGUUCUUGUUUGUAGGUGAAGAUAGUGAGCAUGGCAAGAUGUAUUUCUUCACCAGGAAUCACUCAUCAAUUGUUGCUUUUGCUAUUGGUAAAAAAUACACUGCUGGGAAUGGGGUUUACAUCAUUGGCGCGCAUACCGACAGUCCCUGUUUAAAGCUGAAGCCCAUUACAAAGGUUACAAAAGAUGGGUAUCUUGAAGUUGGUGUGCAACCUUAUGGAGGUGGGCUGUGGCACACGUGGUUCGAUCGUGAUCUGGCUGUUGCUGGAAGAGUGAUAGUUAGAGAGAAGAAAGAUGAAUUGGAGUCAUUCUCUCACCGCCUUGUCAGAAUUGAGGAGCCUAUUAUGCGGGUCCCGACUUUGGCGAUCCACUUGGACAGAGAGGUAAAUGAUGGUUUUAAGGUUAACAAACAAACUCACCUUGCUCCGGUGUUGGCUACAUCAGUUAAGGCUGAGCUGAAUAAACAAGCUGCCGGGGAUUGUUCCAUUGAAAGUGGGUCGACUGCAGGGGAAGAAAGCUGA